UGUAAUUAUGAAGUGCAAGGCAUUUUCUGGCAGACGAAUUCAAACAUAUUAUCCAGAACUGAAGUUCUACAGGUUUCCGAGAGAUCCGGUAGCGCGGUGUGCGGAUUAAUGCGGAAAUGUCUCUUCGAAGUCUAACCGACGCCGAGUAAAUUGGGAGUAUUGUCUAUCGCGAGAUAAUACACGGUUAAAAAAAAGUACCCAAUAAUGGGUACCAGAAGUACCCAGUUUAUGGUUUCGUUCCAGCUGUCACGAAUUGGGUACUUUUCCUAAUAAAAGACUGGGUGAAAAAGUACCCAUCUCAACAUUGAUACUCUACAAAGAAAAAUGUAUAAAAUAUUACCCAUAAAUGGUUGAAAAAUACUUAGUUGUUUUUCGAGUAAUCAAUCUAGCAGCGUAGUUUGAUCUCGGUUCCUCAAGUUAAUUGAGCUCGAAGCCCUAUUGGCUGAUCGAGGUCUUAUUGGCGUAUUUGAUUUUUGUUGCGCAAUUAAUCCAACGCUGUAAGCAAAGCAUUGGCAGUUUCCUUCCAAAAUCAUCGAGGUUCUGAGAAAAAAUGGAUGAGCUGAACAGAAUCCUAGACGACGAAACAUUCGGGAAACUAGUCGACAAUAAGAUCACCGAUGCUUCAUUAGCAUUUCUUGACCAAGAAAUACUGGAUUCAAUGGGAAUCGUCGCGAUGGGACCGAAACUGAUAAUAAUGUCUGUGGUCAACAAUUUAAAUGAAACGAAAGAUACAAUAUCAGAAGUAGCUAAUCCGUCGACGUCCAGUACAACACCUGCAAAAGAUUUAACGGUACGAGAAAUAUUGGAGAGCCAUCCCAAGUUCCGCUCAAUUUUACAAGACAAACUGGACGCGAAGAUAGUGCCAAAGGAAAAUGAAUUAAAGUUAAUGGUUCGUGUGUUAUGUGCUCCUAUUGUAGAACGAUUGACGAAAGAGUCUGUGUAUCCGACAACAGAGGAGAAAAAGAAAUUGGUUGCAAAAAUAUUACAACAAUUUCCCUUUCUGAAUGCGACAAAGAGAAGUGUCGAUGGCCCAGAAUAUUCUCUAUUUUUCUGGAAAAAUGGUGGCCAAGGCGCUAAACAUGAGCACACUGGGUUAAUACAAACACACUUGAGAAAUGCCUGUAAAAAUUUGUUACCUGAGCAAAGAAAAUUUACCCACUCACCGAAGAGCCCAGCACCCGAUAGUGUUUCAACGGAAAUGAUCGAGUUAGCUGAAAACUGCGCUAGAUAUGGACAAACAUCAGCAAACUAUCCUGUAAUUGCGAAAAUCAUGAGCGAUGUGCAUGAUCUGCACAUGAUGCUGCUGCGGGAGAAAAAAGAUAUUCAAAGCGUAUUGCGAAUUUUACCUCAUUUGAUUUCAUACAAUGGGAGAAUGGUAAUUAUUUCUGUUUUAUCAUCGGAAUAUUUCAAUUCUUUCAACCUGAUCAACACUUUUUAUUUCCCUAAAACAAUUUCAAAUGGCGUAUGAGCGCAUGAACGCUUCAAAUUUCAAUAAGGAGGUUGACUUAAAGAAAGUGUUCGCUAAAGGUCUUAUGCACAACCCACAUUCUUUCAAAGAAAUUGCAAAUGAUCACAUUCGAGGCUGUCUAAAAAUAAUGUCAACCUUGAAGGAGUUAGAAGUGCGGAAAACACAGAGCCAAACAAGUCUAUUGACAUUCAGCUUGCUGCACCAUUAAUUAGAUGGAUACCGGAUUCACAUGCCAUUCAGGAACACAAUGCGUUAACAUCGCAUAUUGUGUGUCAAAGAGAAGAAUAUUUUGUUUUUUUACCACCUAAUGUUAUUGUUUCCUGUGGACCAGAAUCGAUCAAUGCGAUCGAUACGCUGUUCAAAUCGUUCAUGGUGUUCAAUUUGAGCGUUCCGACAAAUCUGUUAAAAAUUGCAGACUUUUUGAACGUAUUUGCUUACAAAGUCAAACCAUUCAGCAAGCGUUCUACUGUACAAAAUUUAUGCAUAAUUUUUGAAGAAAGCGAGAACGCAG